AUGGAGCGCCAACCACCAGCCACAUCCAGCACCCUCCAACAAGCGGCGGAACUGCUGGAACGCAGCCAGCAGCUGCUGAGGUCAGUCAGCAUGGAGGAGGGCACCAACACCACCACGGCGGCACGGGUCCGCCAGAUGACCACGGCGCAGUUGCAGCGGGACCCGGUACUGUGGGCCGCCUACACGCGUGGGUGGGAGGACCGGACCGUCGUCUUCCAAAGGGCGACGAGCGGCGAACCCGCAACCGCAAUGCGGCUCAAUAGGUCGCGCAGCCCCAGGCGGGUGACUCGACCGACGGCCACGGCACGACCGGUAGCCGCAGCACGACCGGCGACCCGAACUCGACCGGCGCCACCAACAACAACAAGUCGGGCACCGGCGAGACUGCCUCCCCACCCACUGAUGGAGAGACCAGUACCGGCACCGAGGACAUCAACCAUCCCGCCUCCAGGACCGCCCGUCAACCCGCUGCCAAAAAGGGACAACACCACCGACGCAACACCACCGGCUUCACUCAACGCCCGCCAGCGCCGGAACAAACAGCGGAUGCGGGACUACAAGUCAAAGCAGACGUCCCAGCAACACCGCCUGGAAAAACCGGCGCCAACACCAGCCCCCCGUCCCGCCACAGCCAGAACCUGCGACACCGGACCUCACCGUGGUCACGGUACCGGAAGUGACAAAACACUUCCGGAACAACCGGAACCGCGGAAGAACCAACAGCCGCGACCCCUCAAACCGCGGAUAUGGGAAAUAUCCCCAGAAGAGAAGGCGGACCUGUUAGGUGAGACCGACGCAGGCAUAGCUGGCACUGAAGACAUGGAGGUCAGCCUCAUGUACUUCAGUCCCCCCCACGUCCCCCCAACAUGA